UGUCGCUUCCGCGAAUAAUCAAGAGUGCAAAAGCCCCAAUCACAACAUGCAUGUCUUUAUUAUAUAUAGGAUCCAAACCACAUCAUCAUCAUCAUCCAAAUCUCCCAUUACUAUCUCCCACCUCUCAGCACACCCUUUUCCGCUCUCUCUCCUUCAUGGGUUUAAUAUUUGGAAAAAUCAGUGUUGAGACCCCAAAAUAUGAAGUUAUCAAAUCCACAAGUGAGUACGAAAUCCGCAAGUACGCACCCUCGGUAGUGGCUGAGGUCACCUACGACCCAUCACAGUUCAAGGGAAACAAAGAUGGUGGCUUCACGGUUUUGGCCAAUUACAUUGGCGCUUUGGGGAACCCCCAGAACACCAAGCCUGAAAAGAUUGCCAUGACUGCACCAGUUAUAACAAAGGACAGUGGUGAGAAGAUUGCUAUGACAGCACCUGUUGUGACAAAAGAUGAUGGUGAAGAAGGGAAGGACAAGAGGGUGACUAUGCAGUUUAUUUUGCCAUCUGUGUAUCGGAAAGCUGAGGCGGCUCCUAAGCCUACUGAUGAGAGGGUUGUGAUAAGAGAAGAGGGUGAGAGGAAAUAUGGGGUGGUGAAGUUUGGAGGAGUGGCAUCAGAGGAGGUGGUGAGGGAGAAGGUGGAGAAGCUCAGGAUGAGUUUGGAGAAAGAUGGGUUUAAGGUUGUUGGGGAUUUCUUGUUGGCAAGGUACAACCCACCUUGGACAAUUCCUGCACUCAGGACUAACGAGGUUAUGAUCCCAGUUGAAUGAACUUGGUGGAUGUUAUUUAGUAAUAAUGAUGAUAUAGAUUUCAGUGCUUUAUGCUUGUUAGAUGUUGUUAAAGUUUACUCAUGUGAACCCCGACCCAGGGGUGGGGGGAGUUCAUAAGUAUGAUUCCUACUCAUCAAAAAAAAAAAAAAAAAGUUUACUGAUGUGAGGAACUUUAUAAUAAGUUGUAGUGCUGCAUCAUGUUAUUAUGUUUAAAUUUAAUACACAAUGAAUGUUUAAAUUAAGAACUUUUUAUGUGCCGGUUCUUAUUCA